AUGUAUGAGGAUUUGGGGUUUGGGAAGAUUGUUCUUAGACCUUGGAUGCUGUUCAUAGACAAGGCACACUUAAGGGAGACUUUGAAGGAUUAUGCAGUCCAGGAAGGUUUUGCUCUGAAUGUUGUAGCUGCAGAUAACACCAGAUACACAGUGACAUGCUAUGCUGAAUGUUGUGAGUGGAGGCUGCAUGCCAGUAGGUUAAUUGAUGGAAAAACUUGGGCUAUCAAGAAAAUAUGGCCAGAUAGGUAUGGGAUAUAUAUGAAACAAGCUUCCUUAUAUAGGCUGAAAAGGUAUGUGAUUCAAGAGCUGUUUGGUGGACAUGAUGAGUCCUACUCAUUGAUGCCAAGAUAUGCUGACAUGAUUUGCCAGACUAAUCCUGAGUCAAAGGGUUUUCUGGCUGCUUGCAGACCCUUAAUUGGAGUUGAUGGGGCUCAUCUAAAGGGAAAUUAUGGUGGAAUCCUCUUGUCUGCAGUUGGGUUAGAUGGCAACAAUGAAAUUUACCCAAUAGCAUUUGCCAUUGUGAGUGUUGAAGACAAGGAAAGUUGGUCUUACUUCUUCUGGCAUCUGUACAACAUAGUGAAGCAAUCCAACAGGCAACAUUGGACAAUUAUAUCUGACAGACAAAAGGGGGUUGAUCUAGCCCUAAAAGAUGUAUGGCCUGAUGCCAAGAGGAGAUACUGCUGCAGACACUUGAACAGGAACUACAAGAAAGAAUUCCCAGGCCCUUUGAUGUACACACUAUUCUGGAGGGCAUGCAAUGCAACCAACAAGUUCACUUUCAGGAAAGCAAUGGAGAGAUUACAGAAGGAAGGAGGAGAGGAUGUUAUGGUGUGGCUUGCAAACUUAGGUGAUCAAUCAAAAUGGAGCAAGCACAAAUUUGAUCCUAAUGUAUGCAAUGACUUAAACACCUCUAACUUUGUGGAGAGUUUUAACUCCACUUUGGGAGUUGACAGGUGCAGACCUGUUUUGACACUUCUUGAAGGGAUUAGAAGAGUGUGUAUGGUGAGGAUUGCUUCAAGGCAUGAAAGAGCACAAGGCUGGGAGGAUAAUGACUUAUGCCCCAAAAUUGCAAAGUUGGUCAGGGACAUUAGCAAAGCAACCUCUACCUGCAGAGCCUUCCAGUCAAGUCCAGGUGAAUAUGAGAUACAUGAGGGGAGGUCCCAGUUCCCUCUAAGCCUAAACCAAAAAAUAUGCUCAUGUGGGGCUUGGCAGCUGUCUGAUAUACCAUGCAGACAUGCAGUGAGGGCAAUGCUACAUGCCAAAGUUGAUCCCCACAAUUAUGUGAGCUCAUGGUACUCUGCUAGAACCUACAAGCAAGUGUACAAUUUUGUGAUUCACCCAAUUCCUGAUUCAAGUCAAUGGCCACCUGUUGAUGCUACCCACCCUCAGCACAUCUACCCACCAAAAAUGAAGAGAGGUGUAGGAAGGCCAAGUAGAAACAGGAAAAGAGAAGAGGGUGAAGACCAACCAGGGAAGAGGUCUAGAACAGUCAGAUGCAGCAACUGUGGGAAUUUAGGCCACAACAAAGUAACUUGCAAGGGUGGUUUGACUAGAAAGGAGUUGGAGUCAGUGAAGGCAAUGGUUGUUAGGAACACAAGAUCAAGAGAUCAGUCAAAUGCAGCUAAGGAGGCUAGAGCUAUGUCUGCUGCAACAGAGAUCUCUUCUUCACAGUUGGCUAGCCAACCACAGGACUUGUCCUAG